GACAGAGGAGGGCAUGGGGGACUUGGGGGAGGGGUCUGUGUGUAUGUGUGUGUGUGUUUGGUGUGUGUUUGUUUGAAUGUGAGUGAGUGAUAGAGAGAGAGAGCGAGGGCGAGAGAAAGAGAGAGAGAGAGGGAGGGUUUCUGCUGUACUGAGGGAAACAGUGAGAUUCCCAUUUCUCUCUAUAGAGGGUCAUGACAAAGGUGACUUGAGACCAGAGAAGAGUGAAACUCCAUAUGCUGCCUGGAUAUUGACAAAUUCCAAAAGGAUUUACUAUCUCACAUGGACUAUAUUUGAAAAAAGCUGCCUUCACAUUUGGGAUUUACUGCAUUUGAUUUGGAUUUUUAGGGGUUCAUCCACUGGUCGAGGAGUCAUGGAAGGUCUCGAAGCACUCGGUGAAAUGUCUCUGCUGAAAGUUUCUGCAGAGUGGUGGUGACCCAGCAUGUAGCAGAGGUGAACAAGUCCCUUCACGCCUGGGAACAAUCUGACAACAUAAUGGGGAAUUCAUAUGCUGGGCAGCUGAAGUCUGCUCGUUUUGAAGAGGUUCUUCACAACUCUAUUGAGGCUUCGCUGCGCUCGAGCAGCGGAGACCCGCAGCCCAUCUUCACACAGCUCUACCUAGAGCCAGAGCCGUAUCCUGGUAACAUGGAAGACAUCAAGCCAAAAGCUGACCUCCAUGGUGGGGAGCCACCAGGCCACGAGCUCUCUAACGGCCACUCCUCCAACGAUCUGGAGGAGCUGGACGACGAUGACGACUCAGACAGCAGCAGCCCUCCACUUCCCUACCUACAGGCACCUGCACCAGACGGCUGCUGCACAUUGGACGGGUUCUGUCAGGCCGGCAAGGACCUCCGCCUGGUCUCCAUAGCAACAGAGCCCAUCGAAGUCCCAGCAGGCUUCGAGCUGGUGGGUGCCAAGUCCCCCAGCAUCCCCGAGCACAUCCUGGUGUGUGCAGUGGACCGCCGCUUUUUGCCUGACGAGAAUGGGAAAAAUGCACUUUUAGGUUUUUCAGGAAACUGUGUGGGCUGUGGUGAAAAGGGUUUCAGAUACUUCACUGAGUUUUCAAACCACAUCAACCUGAAGCUGUCCACACAGCCCAAGAAGCAGAAGCACUUAAAAUACUACCUGGUGAAGAAUUCUCAGGGUGCUCUGUGCAAAGGACCCCUCAUCUGCUGGAAAGACUGUAAAACCCGUCAGUUCUCCAGCAACGCGUCAACCUCCAAACCCAGCUCAUCCUCCUCUCACAGCAGCAAAGAAAAUGGAGGCACCAGCGGACACAGCUCCUCUCCCUUUUCCCUCUCAGAUUCUCCGCCGACCAGAACGACACAAGCAUCCUCUGUCUUUUUCGGGAGUCAGGACCUCAGCAGAGACUGCAGUUUCCUCAAACCUCUGGCUUCCACACCUGGAAACAAGACUCUACCAAUAGUACCCACGGCUCUGAGGGUGAACGGGCCGACUAACGGUCUGGGUGUUGACGGGCGUCCUCCCUUGCUGAGCCCCUCCCAGGUUUCCUUAGGACCUCAGAGUCAGGGGUAUCGCACAGCUGACUUAGGAGACAGUCCAGUAUCUUCCGCCAUGAACUCGGGCCCUCCAAAGAAGCGCCACCGGAGCUGGCAUCCCACGUCGCUGGUGCCCAUCCCACCAACAGCCGUCCCUGUUCCAGCCAUCCGACCCAUCGUUUGUUCCCCAGGUUCUGUGUUAGGAGUCUCCCCUCCUCAGCCCCCGGUCGCUGGGGUCAUUCAGCCCCAACCUGUCGCAGUCGGGGAGACGGUCAUCGUCCCUGACAACCUGCUUAACUCUUCAGGUGUUCGCCCUGUCAUCCUCAUCGGGCAUGGCACUUUACCUUAUUUCUAUGGGAAUGUUGGGGAUAUAGUGGUGAGCCCCCUGCUGGUCAGCUGCUAUAAGAGCAGCCAGCUGACAGAGAAAACCCUGGAGACUUUGGGCCUCAACAGAAAUCAACUGCUGAGUGUGGAGACAAUGAUUUUGCUCACUUUGCAGUAUCUAGCACGUUUAGGCUCUGAGCAGAUCCCACUGAGGGAGGAGCUGGAGCAGAUUGUUUUGAAGGCCAUGCUGUGCUGUCCUGGGGGUCCCGCCAUCUCCCCGUCCCAGCUGCCCUGGUUGGCUCGGCUGGAAGCCAGCGUCUCCGGGGGCAGCGUUCAAGUCGUGGUCACCCAUAACUCUUUGGGAGAGGGCAUUUCUGAGUCACUACGUUCUCUUAGUGAGGGUCCUCACCACCAGCAGUGCCUGCCCACCUACGUGGUCAUCAUAUGUGCCUCUAAAAUGAGCAGCAACGAGUUCUGCGUGCUUGUCCUGGGAAAGUACCAAGCACGGGCCUUAGCUGAGGGCAUGCUGACAACUAACGAGUUUCUGAAGGAAAUCAGCUACGAGCUCAUCACAGGGAAAGUCAGCGUGUUGGCAUCUCACUUCAAAACCACCUCACUAGGGGACAAUCUGGACAAGCAGCUGGUGCGAUACCAGCGGCGGAGGAAGGGACAGGUCAUCCAGCCUUUUCAGGGAGAUGUCACCGACCACAUCCACUCCCAGGAGGCUGCCAGCAUGUCACCGCCUUCAGAGAGAGGAGAUCUCUUAAGUAAAGUAUUCCAGAUCUAUCCUACCCAGCUGAGCGUGGCCCGCAGCCUUCUCUCUCAAGUCUGCUCCAUUGCUGACUCAGGGACCCAGAACCUGGACUUGGGGCGCUUCUGUAAAGUGGACUUUCUUGUUUUGGUCCCGCCCUCUCACAUUCUGGUACACCAGACAGCACAGCGCAUCCGACAAUCAGGAGUGCUCGUGGACCUGGGGAUCGAAGAUGCCUCCUCAGCCCACCAGAAAUCGGACAAGUACGUGGUGCGUCUUGACGGAGACGUUCACGCCAAGAUGGAGGCCUUCAUGAGGAAAGUUAAACAGAACCCCUACACCCUGUUUGUCCUCAUUCACGACAACUCCCACGUCGACCUCACGAGUGCUCUGUCCGGUUCUGUGUGCCACGGGGAGCUGCAGGGUCUGGCUGACCGGGUGGUGAACUGCCAGGAAGUCCUAGAUGCCAUGAACCUGUUGGUCCUGCAGGUCAGCUGCUUCCCGUACACGCUGCAGACCCGCCAGUCCCGUAUCAGCAUCCAUAACGAAGUCCACUGGCCUUCCAACAAGAGUCUGCAGGGGGAGCAGUCUCCCAAUGAUUUACUCUACUUUGGCCUGAGGGACUACAGCAGCUCCCUGCAGUGGGGCGUGGCCAGCCCUAUCCUGCGUUGUGAUGAUGCAUUUGAGAAGAUGGUCCACACUCUGCUGGAAAGGCAUCCACACCUACACAGCAUGGUCAUCCGCAGCUACCUGCUGAUUCAGCAGUACACAGAGGCCAUGAUGGCCCUGACCUCUUCUCCGUCUCUGAGGGACCACAUAACCCCGGAGACUCUGGCCAUGGUGGAGGACCUGAUCAACGCCCCGAGCAGAGAGGGCUCCCAGGGCCGGGGCCACAUGCUGCUGGUCCGUGUCCCCUCCCUGCAGCUAGCCAUGCUGGCCCGGGAACGACUGGAGGACGUGAGGGACAAGCUGGGCCUCCAGCUGUGCUUCGCUGUGCUGCUGGGGAGUCCUGCCUCUGAACUCAACCUGCCCAGGAACUUCACCAGUCGCCUCAGGGCAUGGCGAGGGUGCGAGAAUGAAGACUGGGUGCCGCACACCUAUGAGGAUCUGGAGGGGCUGCCCUGCAUCGUCAUCCUCACAGGGAAAGACCCUCUUGGAGAGACUUUCCCCAGGUCUCUGAAAUACAGUGACCUGCGUCUGAUAGACUCCAGCUACCUGACUCGUACAGCCCUGGAGCAAGAGGUGGGUCUGGCCUGCACCUACGUGUCCAUGGGUGUUGUCCAGGAGCCCAAGAAGGCCGUGGCCCCACGGGAAUCAGAUGGAGAGAAAGCCACCACCAGCUUGAACGAUGGAGACGAGCUGGAAAGACCUCAGAGCAACGGCAGCGCCGCAACCAGAGCUUCUGGUUCUUUGGCAGAGAACGGAGUCAGCUCAUCUGACGUUGCAGACUCUUUCCAGAAGCCCUCCACUUCCUCCUGCCCCCCUGACGGUGCCACCAUGUCAGACGUGGGCACAGCGACAGGGUUCAAGCAAGAGUGCGAUUCCCUGGGAAGCCAGUUCUCUGUCAACCCCUCCAAAACCUCCAAGGCCCCUCCCUCUCUUUACUCCAGUUCCUCCUCCUCCUCCCCCUCCCCGUCCUCCUCCUCCACCCAGAGGCCCAGCCAGUCCACACAGUGCGGCCGGGACCCCAAGCCCACCCGAGUGUCACCACGGACGGUCAUUUUGUCUCGGGCGGCAUACAACCUGCUGGCGGGGGAGUCGGGGAGCCAGCUGAGCUCCUUCUCCCUGCUGCCACACGCAGAUGUGGCGUGGAGCAGCCCGCUGAGGCCCCUCAUCACUCACAACCUGCAGGGGGCAGAGCAGAGCACAUACUACCGCCAGUGGACCGUCGCCAGGCAGCAUCACGCCGAUUACGAGGCUCCACCUGUGCCACAUCCACGACGCUUGUUACUCAGUGGACCCCCACAGGUGGGGAAAACGGGUGCCUACCUGCAGUUUCUCCGCAUCCUGUUUCGAAUGCUCAUCAGACUGUUGGAGGUGGAUGUGUAUGAUGAGGAAGAGGAAGAGGAGGAAGACACAUCAGAGGUUACAACUCCAGUAAAUAGCCAGUGGCCUGACAUUGAGGAAAUUCGAAAGCUGCCCUUUGACCCCUACCCCCGAGACCCUAAGUUCAACAAGGCCAGCCCUGUUUUCUCUGACAAGAGCUUAAAAGAUUUUAAGCAGGAAGGAGGGAGCCAAACACCAGCCAAACGAGAGACCAAGUCAAUACGCCUGAGCAGGUUUGCCGCCCACAACGUCUUUCAUCACUGUGAACAGUGUCACCACUACUGUGAAGCAGGCCCCGCCUCGCAGUUGUCGGAGUGCACCUUUCAUGCUUUCACCUUCUGCUCGUCCAUGCUGGGGGAGGAGGUCCAGCUCCAGUUCGUCAUUCCUAAAUCCAAGGAGCAGCACUUUGUCUUCAGCCAGCAGGGCAGCCACCUGGAGAGCAUGCGUCUGCCGCUGGUCUCCAGCAAGGAUCCUGACCUGUUGAAGAGUCCAAUCUUCACCCCGACCACAGGACACCAAGAGCACGGCCUGCUCAACAUUUUCCAUGCCAUGGAGGGCGCCACUCAUCUGCACGUCCUUGUGGUUAAGCAAUUUGAGCUGCCCCACUACAGGAAGUACUGGCCCAACCACAUCCUGCUCGUGCUGCCGGCUAUGUUCAACAACGCUGGAGUCGGUGCCGCUCGCUUCAUGAUCAAAGAGCUGUCGUACCACAACCUGGAGCUGGAGAGGAACCGACUGGAGGAGCAAGGCGUCAAGAGGCAAGACGUGUGGCCUUUCAUCGUCAUGAUGGACGACUCCUGCGUGCUGUGGAACGUCCACCAGCCGGCGGAUGGCAGUGAAACAUCAGAUGGAGGUUCAACCUUCACCAACGUGUCCCUGAAGACGGUGCUGCAGCAUAUGGAGGCCACACCGAAGAUCUCCCUGUACGCCAUGUGCGGCACUCGCAAGUGGAGCAGUAGCCUGGCUCGCAACCCUCCCAGCCAACGUUUCAGCAGGUGUCAUCUCCACGACUUUGUCAUGCUCAAUGUGGACCUGACGCAGAACGUUCAGUAUGACCUCAAUCGGUACAGCUGUGAGGAGGUGGACUUUAAUCUAAGGGUGAACAGCAGUGGGCUGCUGCUGUGUCGCUUCAACUACUUCAGCCUGAUGAAGAAACACAUUCCAGAUGGGGGAAACAAAGACUUCCAGGUCAAGCCUAAACUCAUGGAAAUAGAAAACCACGCGCCGAUCAGCCCGUCCCAGUAUGUUUGUGCCCCAGACAGCGAGCAGACCCUCCUAGAUGCCCCGGCCCAGUUCCUGCUGGAAAGGUUCCUGCAGAGCUGCAGCCACAGACUGUUUCCAAAGGCUGUUCAAAACAGAAACAACCCAGUUCUGUCCAUCGACAGCUACCUCAACAUCAGCCCGGAGAUUUCUGUGUGCUAUAUCAACUCUCGUCCACACUCCACCAACCUGAGCCAUCAGGGCCUGGUGUUCAGCGGCCUGCUGCUUUACCUCUGUGACUCCUUUGUCGUCUCUGGACUCCUCAAGAAAUUCCGUUUCCUCAAAGGCGCCACCCUCUGCGUGAUCUGCCAGGACCGAAGUUCCCUGCGCCAGACCAUCGUCCGGCUGGAGCUGGAGGACGAGUGGCAGUUCCGGCUCCGCGACGAGUUCCAGACAGCGAACUGCAGCGAGGACCGGCCCCUCUACUUUCUGACCGGCCGCCACGUUUGAACCCCAUAACUGUCUCGGGUCAGCUGCUCCGCUGCAGAAGUACAAUCAGAAACGAGGGGUCGAUCUCAUUUCAAAGCAGUCAGCGGUCCCACAUUCCCAUCCCUCUGGGAGGUCAGAGGGGAUACGCUGGAGCACAAGAACCUGAAGUUGCUUGUAGCUGGGCCUGUCUCCACUUGAGCUUGUGUUCUACUGAAAAAGGCUUUGCUGUGGUGAAAAAGAAAAGCACAGCUGAAACUGAACUUUAUUUGUUUUGUUGUUGUAUUUGGCAAAAAUGGACGCUCUCUGAUCGAUAAUGUGACUAUUUGAAGAUUGUAUGUGUACAUGGACUGUGACUACGUGUUUUAUCUCAGGGUUUUUAAAAAGGGGAGAUCCAAGGGUUGUCGCUUAAAGGGGUAAAGCUUUUUCUCCCUGUUCACCAUGUAUUUUUGGCAUUAACUUAUGUUGGCACCAAAGAUAUCCUCAGCUGCACCUUGCCUUUCCCCCCUCCCCUUCGCUUUCCUCGCCCCUCGCUCUGUCUCUCAAAACUCCACAGCGCUCAUCAGCUAUAAAAACUCGGGUCGUUAUGUCAAAGAAAUAUAAACACAGAAGUCUGCCUGCAUUGGAUUUCUAUCGUCUUGAGUAUCACAUUCCACUGUAACACCAGUGGGAUUCACAAACAAUAAACGUCUGUUUGAGCCAGCACGUUUAAACUGCAAAUGGAAACUCCUUUUCUCUUGUGCCUCUGAAAUAUUUAUGUGGCAUUGAUAAUCCUUCUGACAAGGAGCUGUGGUAGAGCGAGCUUGGCAGUAGUUUCCAAAUGACUUUUGUGUGAAUUCACCCAAAGAACACUGUAAGAAAAGUUGUGUCCUUUCACAAAAGCAGGACAGUAAUGUUCUGUUACGGCUAUGAAGCGGGUCUGUUCUCCAAAACAGACUUAGAUGACUUGCCGCAGGGUUUUAUUUUUACAACUCAUCUGCUAAUGUGUAAUGCCAGUCACAUGGUGCAACAUGGAAAGUAUAUUCAAAAUGACAUGUAUUUUUGCAUUAAGGCGUUUACUGACUUAGAUACUGGGUAUUUUAAGCAUAAUCACAUUAAGUCAGUAAAUGCAACAUCAUAAUAUAUUCACUGCCAAAUAUCCUGCUACUGACUGUGCCUAGCAUUUCAUCUCUUGUUGUAAUGAGGCUGAUUGUAGAUUGAUGAUCUUGGCUAUCAUCCACAUACCUUAAACUUGCCCCCCUCACCCCACCCCAAAACAAAGGGUAAUCAAAGAAAAGGGGUACACACUGUCAAAAGCAACUGACCAGGUAAAUAUAUAUAUAUAUAUCUAUAUAUAUAGAUAUAUAUAGACAUAUAUAUAUAUAUAGAUAUAGAUAUAUAUACUUGAAAGUGGAAUGUUUUUUAUAUUUUUCUGCACAGGGUUGUCCAAAGAAUAUGCCUUAAGUGACAUUUUCACACAGUCACUGCUCAAGUCACGCAUUUUUCGGACCAAUGAGAAUGAAGAAACCAUUUAACUGUGAGGAGAAGAAGUGUUCGUCUGAGUGAAGCAAGAUGAAAUAAUUGGGAUUCGGACUACUGUACUGUUUAAAGCUUUGUUUACAUUAUUAAUAUAUUGUAUCAUCCCCUUAACCACUGAGGGUUACUGAUGUUUUUUUUUAAAGUCUUGUGUAACUUUUGCCAGUAUAUUUUGGUCAUAAUGGCUUUACUGCAUUUUAUGUUAUGUUGCAAAGGCAAGAAGAAUCUACCUAGAUGUGUCCUUAACCAUAUGUCUGUAUCCCUUCCUGUUCUUGUGUUGGAUUUUUAUUGAAAAUGAAAAUCAGGUCCAUGAGGGAUUCUUAUUUAUUUGACAAGCAUUUUGGACUGAUAAUCAUAUUGAAGUGUAAUAUUUGAUUGCAUGCUGAGCUCACCUGAACCAAGGGAGUGUGUCCUCUACAAAACCAUCCAAUGAAGGCUUUGCACAAGACCCAAACGAAUGAUUCUUAGAUUUACUGAAUGUCACUGAGGGGUAGGAAAUGUGAACUUGCACUAUACAAGUUGCCAGCAGAGGAAAAAAAAUCCACAUAAGCAAAACAAUUAAAUUAAGUUCCCCAAUCCCCCAGAAUUGCUCCAGUUAUACGACUGGUGAUCAAAGUUUUUUUUUUUUUUUUUUUUUUUGUCCAACUCCAAUGGUCCAUAGAAUGUGUCUUUCUUUUUAAUAAUUUAACACUUAAUAUGCAACUUGCUCUCACAAUCUUCACUGAAAUGUGUUUGAUAACCAUGUACAGCCCAUUGGUAGUCUUGGUGUCUGGGUGAUCUACCUCAUGUUUACAUUGUGGUUGUGGGCUGUGAACAUAUGACAUUAGAGCCAUGUGAUUGUUGUUGAAAAUUUAUGAAUGUAAUAAAAUGACUGCUAAACUCA